AUGCCUGGACUUCCUGCGUCAGUUGAUCUAGAUGAAUGCAUCUCCCGAUUAUACAAAAAGGAACUUCUAGCCGAGUCGGUGAUCGAGGCGAUAUGUGCUAAGACCAAGGAACUGCUCAUGCGAGAGAGCAACGUGGUCCACGUGCGGGCUCCUGUCACAGUAGUUGGCGAUAUACACGGCCAGUUCUACGACUUAAUCGAGAUAUUCAAGAUCGGAGGUUGGUGUCCAGACACAAACUACCUAUUCCUCGGCGAUUAUGUAGAUCGCGGCAUGUUCAGCGUGGAAACCAUAUCACUACUCGUCUGCCUCAAACUGCGAUACCCUAACCGCGUACAUUUAAUCCGAGGCAACCACGAAUCGCGCGGCGUAACACAAUCCUACGGGUUCUACACGGAGUGCUCGCGCAAGUACGGUAAUGCUAACGUCUGGCACUAUUUUACCGAUAUGUUCGACUUCCUCACCCUGUCCGUCGUCAUCAACGACCAGAUCUUCUGCGUACACGGUGGUUUAUCGCCUUCGAUCCAUUCUAUCGACCAAAUAAAGAUCAUCGACCGAUUCCGGGAGAUCCCGCACGAGGGCCCGAUGGCCGAUCUAGUAUGGUCCGAUCCGGAUCCCGAGAGAGACGAGUUCUCGCUGUCGCCGCGGGGUGCGGGGUACACAUUCGGCGCACGGGUAGUUAAGAAGUUCCUCGCAGUCAACGGAAUGAACCACAUUUUGCGCGCGCAUCAGCUGUGCCAGGAGGGUUACCAGGUCCUAUAUGAUGACCGGCUGAGCACGGUUUGGAGUGCGCCUAACUACUGCUACCGGUGCGGUAAUAUGGCUAGCGUACUGGAAGUCAGUGAUAGUGGUGAACGCUUCUUCAACGUGUUUGCGGCCGCGCCCGAAAAUGAUCAACAUAAGGAGAUUCAACAGGGAACGGAGAAGACAGCCGACGGGAAUGCGCUGCCGGAUUACUUCUUGUAG